CACCUGGACUCUCACCUGCGCAGGUUGUUGUUUUUGAAGUCCCCAAAAUGGAGCACACAGAUAAAUAUGGAAACAGGAAGGCAGAGUCUCUGUCCAAUCUGUUCCAUCGACCCGCCAAAAACAGGCUGAGUUUCAGUGGGAUUCCCUCCGUCAGCAUCAAACUGUUCAAGAGACAUCCCAGAGCCCUCAGUGUCUCCUCUCCUCACCCUCCUCCCCAGACCCCUCCCCCUUUCCCUCUGCUGACCUAUCAGAGCGAGCCACGCCGUAGAGACGCCGGCAGACUGCGCUCCUAUUCGUCGCCUCCGGUCACAUGGACACGCCCUCCGCCACGACACACCACGCCCAUAAAAAGGUUGAGCACGCCCCCUCCACAGAGCGUCUCCAAGAUGGAGGAGGUGUCAGAGCCUGCAGAGCCAGAGGAGCCAGAGGAGCCUGAGGACGACUCAGACUCUGAGAGAGACAUCUACAUGAGGUUCAUGAAGUGCCACAAAUGUUACGACAUCGUCCCCACCAGCUCCAAACUGGUGGUGUUUGACACAACGCUGCAGGUGAAGAAGGCGUUCUUUGCUCUGGUGGCGAAUGGUGUCAGAGCAGCUCCUCUUUGGGAGAGUAAGAAACAGAGCUUUGUCGGGAUGUUAACUAUCACAGAUUUCAUCAACAUUCUCACCCGGUAUUACAAAUCUCCAAUGGUCCAAAUCUAUGAACUGGAGGAGCACAAGAUCGAGACAUGGAGAGAGCUCUACCUACAAGAGACAUUUAAACCUCUGGUCCACAUUCCUCCAGACGCAAGUGUGUUUGAGGCAGUCCACUCUCUGAUCAAGCAUAAGAUCCACCGUCUGCCUGUGAUCGACCCCAUCAGUGGAAAUGCCCUCUACAUCCUCACACACAAGAGGAUCCUCAAGUUUUUACAGCUGUUUGUGUGUGAGUUGGCAAUGCCGUCCUUCAUGAAACAGAGUCUGGAGGAGCUGUGUGUGGGAACCUACUCCAACAUUGCCUACAUCCACCCAGACACACCCCUGUACACCGCCCUGUCCCUGUUCACCCACAGGAGGGUCUCUGCUCUGCCUGUGGUGGACUACAACGGUAAAGUGGUGGACAUCUACUCUAAAUUUGAUGUCAUUAACCUGGCGGCGGAGAAAACUUACAACAACCUGGACAUCACAGUGACUCAGGCUCUCAAGCACCGCUCUCAGUAUUUUGAAGGAGUCCUAAAGUGUCACAGACUGGAGACUCUGGAGGUCAUAGUGGACCGCAUCGUCAAGGCAGAGGUUCACAGGUUGGUGGUGGUGGACGAAGAUUCCAAAAUCGUCGGCAUCGUUUCUCUGUCUGAUAUUCUACAGGCUCUGGUCCUCACCCCAGCAGGUUUGGGGCGAAAAGAAAGUGUUCCAUCUCAGGCUCCAAAUCUGGACUCAGGUCUUCAGCGAGGAGACGAGGAAUCAAAACAAGGAACUAACGAAGGAGAAGAGGAGACGAAACAAGGAACUAAUGAAGGAGACGAGGAAACAAGCGAAGCAGGAGCCACAAGGGGAGACGAGGAGACAAUAGAAGGAGCUACGGAAGGAGAGGAGGAGGCGAAUGAAGAGAGCAAGGAGGCAGAGGAGAGCAGAACAGAAGAGCAAGGAGAGAAGGAAGGAAGUGAAGGGGGGGAGGAAGGACAUAAGGAGACAAUUGAGGAGACAAAGGAGGAGGCAUCAGGAGAUGAGGAGAACCAAGGGAUUGAAGAGGGAGGAAACAAGGAGACAGUGGAGGAAACACAAAAGGAGGCAACCGAGGAGGCAACUGAGGAGGUAACUGAGGAGGCAACCAAGGAGGCAACCGAGGAGACAACCGAGGAGGCAACCGAGGAGACAACCGAGGAGGCAACCGAGGAGGCAACUGAGGAGGCAACCAAGGAGACAACCGAGGAGACAACCGAGGAUACAACUGAGGAGACAACCGAGGAGGCAACUGAGGAGGAAACAAAGGAAACAAACAAGGAGACAAUGGAGGAGGUACAAGGAGAGGAUGAGAACAGUGGAACUGAGAAGGAAGGAAACGAGGAGACUCAGGAGGAGACGAAUAAGGAAGCAGCUGAGGUGGCAACAGAGGAGGCAUCGGAGGAGACGACAGAGGAGAAUCAAUGGACUGAGGAGGUUGGAAAUGAGGAGACAGAGGAGGAGACGAGAAAGGUAAUGAAUGAAGAGGUAUGUGAGGAGACAAACGAGGCAGAGGAAGAAACUGUCAAUCAAACAGACAGACAGGAAGUGGAGGAGGACAGACAGGAGGAGGCGGAGUCCUGACACGUUUGGUUUUAUCCUUAUUUGGGCAGACCACCCCCCCACAGUUACACACAUUUAAAUUGCUUCACUUUAUCAUCUUUAUGUUCAAAGGUAGAGACACUAGAGAUGCAGCUUUUUCAGCAUCGAUAUGAUCCGAUACUUGGGUUUAAAAUGCCGACAGAUAAUCGAAACCAGCCAAUGCCAGAACAGAGAAAUCCUCCAAAUGUUUAUAUCAGAAACUGCAGCAUUUUAAGUUCAGGAGAUUAUCGAUUUUAUAUUUAAAUUGAUCUGAUCCGAUCCUUGUUCCUGAUCGUUGGAUCUGAUACUGGGGUUGAUAUAAUCCACACUUGUUCAAUACUUUCUAAACAUGUUUGUCUGGUCACUGUUGAACCUCCAUGUGUUCGGAUGGGUGUGAUUAACAGGUAGAUCAGCCAGUCAGACACAAGCAUAGUCCAGUCGUAUCAAAACACAUACGACUGCUUUUAAAGUAAAAAGGAAGGACAAAUAUUUCACAGGGGACUGAAAAACAUGACAGAUUUCUGCUGAAUCAAUGAGUGAAGCUCUAAACUCUUCAUCUGAGGUCAAAGCAAUGUCAUGUUUAUAAAUCGUAGAUGGCCAAUGAGCUGCUUCAUUUCAUGUGUCACUGAAAUGAGCAAAUCUGAUGAUCAUGUUUGGUGUAGUGUCUUGCCUAAAGACACAACAACAGUCUUUGCACACCACUAUUGCAGCUGAUAUUCCCAGUGGUCUCCAUCCAAGUCCAGAACCAGGUCUGACUCUGCUCAUCUUCUGACGACAUUCUUCUGAGAUGUGACGAGAUCGGGCUGUGACGUUCUCCGUGUGAAAUCAGUCUGGACAUGAUCAGAGACUGGUUCAUAGACAAAGUCAGACUGAAUGUAUUUGAGAUGUAAACACUGGCUCUUAUAUCGUGGUUUGAUUUGUGAGCUGAACGUGGACACUUCAAACCUGUGUCACUCAAGUCACUUUGUAAAAACGUGAGAUUUAUUUAAGAACAUUUAUUUAAGAUGUUUAUCCUGUUUAAAGUGAACCUCUUUUUCUGCUGUUUGUGGAGGAUUCUGGGAAAGUAUUUUAUUGUAGUUCUGCAGUUUGUCAAUAAAGCGUUUUAUCUGC